CGCAGAGAAGGAAUUCCGCCCGUCUUCUUCUUCCUCACCGCCGACAUGCCGGGUCCCAAAAUCGUCACCGAAGAGAACAACGACGAGGACCAGGUCCUCGCCUCUCUCAAGGAGGAGCAGAAGAACAAGGAUGACGCUCCCGUCGUUGAGGAUGUUAACGACGGAGAUGAGGACGAGGAUGAUGACGAGGACGAGGACGAUGAUGACGUCGAAGGGGAACAAGGAGCUGAGGGCAAUGAGAGCUCCAAGCAGAGCAGGAGUGAGAAGAAAAGCCGCAAGGCUAUGCUGAAAUUAGGGAUGAAACCUAUCACCGGCAUCUCCCGGGUUAGCAUAAAGAGGGCAAAGAAUAUCCUCUUUGUCAUAUCGAAACCUGAUGUUUUCAAAAGCCCAAACUCAGAGACAUAUGUGAUAUUUGGCGAGGCAAAGAUUGAAGAUUUGAGCUCCCAACUGCAGAGCCAAGCUGCUCAGCAAUUCAGGAUGCCAGAUGCUAGCCGUGUCCUGCCCAAGCUAGAUGAGUCUGCAAGUGCAGUGGCUGACGAAGACGAGGAGGAUAUUGACGAUACUGGCGUGGAGCCUCGGGACAUUGAGCUUGUCAUGACACAGGCAGGCGUGUCCAAGGGGAAGGCUGUCAAAGCUCUCAAAGUGCAUGACGGGGACAUUGUUGCCGCCAUCAUGGAGCUCACUGCCUAACAAAAGUUGCAUUCAUUAAAUCAACUCACGCCCGAGGGAAUACCUUGUCAUUGAAUUUAGCAUUCUCGUCAUCAUAAUCUUCAAAUUUUGAGAUUUCUUAGGGCUUUAAAUCUCAGAAUAUGUCAUGAAUCUAUAACUGAACUGGUCGGUGCUGUUCUUGCCUUUCACUCUUAUUUUGAAGGUUCUGUUUUUGGGUUUACAAUAAACUCCUAGAAAAUGUUGCGUGAUCGAUGUGUUUCGGUUUGUUUAGCAUGUUUUGAUUUCCUAAUCCUUCAAGUAGUGUAAGUUUGUUUGUUUUAUAUAUACUUGAGAUUCGAUCAA